AUGGUAACACAGGUGGUGGUUGUUCUUGAGAUGAGAAACUUGAGAUCAGACCUGGAGACGAAACUGCGUCACAAGGAAGCAGUUCAGGACGGCGGAGUUUUUGCAGAGCUUCAGGACCCCAAGCGCCCGGAGGGGCCAGGCUUUCAUGGUGACAUCGAGGCAGAUGGCCCUGGGAAGGAGAGCUUGACUGGGAAAGAGAACUACCACCGGUCCAAGAGGUCCGCUAAUAGCGUCACCAUGCCCUUUGGAAUGUUCUCAGGCUGCCUCCAAGGACCCCCUGGUGUUCCAGGGAGGGACGGCGUACCGGGCGCAGCUGGUUCACCGGGGAGAGACGGUACCGGUCAGCCAGGUGCAGUUGGUUCACCGGGAAGAGUUGGCCAGCGAGGCGCAACUGGUCCACCGGGAAGAGACGGACAGCCGGGCACAGCCGGUUCACCGGGAAGGGAUGGACGCGAUGGGCAACCAGGCACUGCCUGCCCAUGGCAUCGAGCCUGCCCCAGCGGCUACGUUAAGUUCCGGGACAGAUGCUUCAGCUUCUCGACCGACAAGAAGACCCACGCCAGUGCCAGGUCCGCCUGUCAGGCUGCCGGCGGGCACCUGGCUAUGCCGAAGGACCAGGCAACAAACGACUUCCUGCGCAACCAGCUGACCAGGUACCCCAGCGGCUCGGACGCCUGGUUUGGCCUGACUGACCAGCUCCAGGAGGGAACCUUUGUGUGGGAGGACGGGGCGGCAAUCACCGGAUGGAACAACUGGUGGCCAGGGGAACCUAGCAAUGGCCGUGGCUCUGGAGAAGACUGUGCAGAGUGGUUCGCUCUUUAUGGCUACAAGUGGAAUGAUCAGCCAUGCUCUGUUUGGCAAUAUUACGUGUGUGAAGUCAGUGCUUCUGUUCCCUAGCCUAAAAAAAACCGCCAAGUCACUGGCCAUAACCUACGUCAGCGAGUAAGGAGAUAGAAGUUGGUCAGUUGGAUGCCAUUUAGUUCCACACUAAAAUGAUGUGGUAGUCUUGAAUUUUUAGCUUAUUAUGAAUAUUUUACGUACUUUUAAACGGUGAUCAUUUUGCCUAUGUACCAAUCUGCAGCGAGUAAAGAGGAUUAACUUUUUUCAGCUACUUUUUCUGUCUAUGACUUAUUCCUAGCUAGACAAAACUGUCGGACAGUCCGGGUGUUAUAAUGAUAUACGAACAUUCACAGUGUGUUCAUUCUACCGUUGUACCAAGCUAUCCACGUGAAUUUUCAGUUUACUUAUAUAGUCAAAGCAUAAUAUUCACAGGACGUGUCAGAAAGGAAUAUAAACGUGUAGAACAGUACAUGUUCACUAUCAAUGACCUACAGCGAGAACAGAGAUUAAGGUCAUUAGUUCUAGCUAGACUUAACGGGUGUACUAGUCUUCAAAUUUUAGCCAAGGCCAGACCUUUAAACUGUGUCAUUUUACCUUUGUACCAGGCUAACCAACUAUGAUUUCAGUUUUGUUAUAUAGUCAAGUAUAAAUUUAACAGAUGGGAACGUAAACGUGAUAUUUUGCACGUUUGAUAGAUAUGUAAAUCGAGCAUGUGACUAGAAAUAAAGCCGUGUUAAAGCCACCUUCACA